UGCCCUUGUUUAUAUGUUUGCCAUAAAGCGCCAAUAAUUUGAAACAAUACUGAGGGAUAAAAACAAAGGAACUUGAGCUUUUUAGCCUUUUACAGCUAUAGUUUGCACGAAUUUUACAGUAGUUUUACUGUUUGAAAAGUACACUUUUCACCUUCAAUAAUUAUGUUAUAUAGCCCCCACAUGUACGAGUUAAAGUUGCACUUUAUGCGCAUAUUAUAGCAAACGAAAUACGCCUCAUUUGAAGAAACUGAGGAGGCAAAAUAACUAAAGAUGGAGAAAAAGGAAGAAGAAAGGAAGUCUCAUGUGAGAAGAGGGUUGUGGAAACCUGAAGAAGACAUGAUAUUGAGAAACUGUGUCGAGUCUCAUGGAGAAGGAAACUGGGCAGACAUCUCUCGUCGGUCAGGGUUGAAGAGAGGUGGGAAAAGCUGUAGGUUGAGAUGGAAGAAUUAUCUAAGACCAAAUAUCAAAAGAGGAGGCAUGUCACCUCAAGAACAAGACCUCAUCAUCCGCAUGCAUAAGCUUCUCGGAAACCGAUGGUCGUUGAUCGCUGGCCGCCUUCCAGGUCGGACUGACAACGAAGUCAAGAACUACUGGAAUACACAUUUGAACAAGAAGUCCACUUCCAGGAAACAGAACGCAACUGAGUCAGUGGAAGCUCCUACCGACAAGACAGUUAUGUCUACAGGAGUGAGACAUAGCCAUGGAGAACAAGGAGAAGGAGAAGAAGGCACUACUAACUGGAUGGAGGAGACUAACUGUUUGGCUUAUGACGACCACAUAGGAUCUCCCCUGCCUCUCAUCUCUCAUUACACAGACACUCUUGUGUUUGACCCAUGUUUCGCCUUCAUGGAUUGCUUCCCUCUGCUUUAGGACUUUCCUGAGUUUAUCUCUGAGGGAUAAAUUCUUGCAUAGACUUUGCGAGUCAUAUUUUGCUUUUAGUUAUACAAUUUAACAUUGAGGGACGCAAGAAUAAAUCAUCAUGUAUUUGUAAUAAGCCUGAUUCAUUAAGGAUCAUAAUCUACCUUUUAUCAUCAUAAAGAACUUUUCCAAGGAUA